AUGGAUAUCGAAUUGUCGAUUGGAUUGCCAGUGUUGCCAGUGGAAGAAGUUGAGCGAAUUCUGAAAGAAAUUGAAUCUGGCGCUUACAGUGCCAGUAACACCACGAUAGUAGAAUCUAAAGAUACUGAAAGACAGGGAAAUCAGCUUCACUGCUGGAACUCAAUGCCUCAGUAUGAAAAGAAAGAAGCAUCUAGUCCGCCUCAGCUACCAUUACCUGACCAAGAGGGUCCAGAUACCACGACUUCGGCCGAAACCUUGAAAUCUCAGAUUCCUAUCGAUGACUUCAACUUUGAAGUGGUACAGUUUUAA